GGAGUGAUAUAAAUACCAAUGAUGGCAAGAAUGACAUCCGCAGCACCUGCCAUGAUGAUGAUUUUCCUUCUGAGAAUAACGGCGACAAACUUCGUAAUUCAAUGGACUGGUAUAUGAGGAAUGUGAGAUGAACUUUUCAAAGGACAAAUAUCAAGACUUCUGUUCAGGUGGUACCUCCUUGCAGCUGAAGAUAAAUUUGCGGGAUGGAGAUAUUGCGAGUUCGGCGGGUGAUAUGAUGACCCCUCCCCCACAAUUUGGGCGUUACCAAGGCGCUCCGCCAUCCCUGUCCAUUGGCAUCUGCGCCUGUCAUCAUUUCGGGUUCUAGAAUCUUAUAGGAACUUUUUUGCUAUUCCAAACCCUCCCUCCAUCCAUCGAAUACCAAGCGGCCAAAAUGCCGACGACAACUCCAGGCACUAACCUCUACGGCACUAGCCGCCCCAAAAAGCUGGCGGGGAACGAGCUUUCCGGCUCCUCGAACCUCGCAUUCACUUCCCAGCUCUCCUCUCUCAUCUCCGCAUCCUCCAGGAAUUCCUCCUCCGCUACGGCCGGUCGCUCACGGCCGCGGAAACCCGAUAUCUUCUCGGCGCACAACAAAGGCGUCAAGCGCCGCGCACAAGCCGACGAUGCCGCCCGCAGCUUGGAGCAGAAGCACAGCACGAGCUCGGAGGGGGUGGAUGCGGAGCUGUGGCGGCAGAGCCAGGCGAAGAUGGAGGAGAAGGCACGGAUAUAUGCGGCGAUGAAGCGGGGGGAUAAGGAGGAUAAGGAGGAGGGAGGGCUGAUCGAUUUUGAUCGGAAGUGGGUGGAAUCGCAGGAACGCGGCGAGAAGGGGUCGUCGGGUGAUGAGGAUGACGAGGAGGAUGAGGAAGAGGAGUUGGUGGAGUACGUCGAUGAAUUCGGGCGGACGAGGAAAGGGACUAGAGCCGAGGUGGGAAGAAUCCAGCGCAUGAGGCGGAUCCAGGACGAGGAUGAGAAGGAGGCGGAUAGAUUCACAGCACGGCCAAUGAUGCCGGAGAAGGUCAUCCACGGCGAUACGGUGCAAUAUCAUGCAUUCGAUCCGGACGAGACUGUUGCGGAGAAGAUGGCGAGGUUGGCCGCGAAACGCGACAAGGAAGCUACGCCGCCGCCGGACACACAUUUCGACGCAUCACGAGAGAUUCGACAGAAGGGGCAGGGUUUCUUCCAGUUCGCGCAAGAUGAAGAGGCCCGACAGAAACAGAUGGGGAAUCUGGAGAAGGAAAGGAAGGAGACGGAACAGGCGCGGGAAGAGGCAAGGGAGAGGAAAGAGAAACGGAAGCGAGAGGUGGAGGAGAGGAGAAAGGAGAUUAGAGGGAAGAGGGCACGGAAGGAAGCCGAUCAGUUUUUGGAAGAGCUUGGAGCAGAGCUUGGUGCUCCUGCAAAAGAAGAGGGUUGAGGAAAGUUAUCAUUGCAUUGGCUGGGUUGUCUCACAG